AUGAAUGUUCCUAGUGAGCAUCUUCCACGGUAUUUUGCGAAAUCUGGCCCAGUUGAUGCAGAUCCCAAGAAGACUAAGAAAAACGGGGGAGGAAAAGGCAACUGGGGCCGCUCCGGGGAGGAGGUGCAAGAUUACGAAUAUACUUUCAUGAAUACUCGGCGUCACUCAAAUAGCAGCGUCCAAAGUAUUUCAGGCUUCAAAACCAAAUUCGAGGCCAUUGAACCGGAGCCAGUCUUCGAGGAGGACUUGCAUGGCCCUUUGAAUGAGACUGCUAUGGAUGGAACUUUCGUAACCAAAGUUGAUAGUGUCAGCAGCGGUACGAGUGGAAACGGUGAGAUCGAGGAGGCUGCUGACAAAAAUACGGCAGUCAACUAG